CAUAGAUGGGACGCUCUGUGAUUCGGAUCCUCUCCAUUUUCAUGCUUUCAGCCUAAUGCUUCAAGAGGCAUCUUUUUUCUUUUCCUUUUCAUGGCUUCAUUCACAUACAUAUAUGUGUGUGUAUAACCAUUUGGGGUGGGUUUUAAUGGAGGAAUACCCACCACUGAGGAUUUCUUCGUUGAGAACAUUACUGGUCGAGAUUAUGAACAUCUCUGUGGUGUCCUCCUUCCCUGAUUGCGAUCGCCAACGAACCAGAAAGUUUUUCCAAGACAACGAAGACAUCUUCAAAAGACUGGCCAAAGAAGAACUGGUAGCCAUGAAAGGGCUGGAGAAGUUGUGCGGGUGGAUCAAAGAUCGGGGAUUAAAACGAAGUGCCGUGACAAAUGCACCGAGAUCAAAAGGAGAGUUGUUGAUAUCCAUGGUAGGCUUUUCAGAUUUCUUCAAAAUCCUUGUCGUUGGGAACGAAUGUGAACGGCCAAAACCAUUUCCAGAUCUCUAUCUGAAGGCGCUUCAAGCGCUCAACGUCUCACACGUAAACAUGCCUUGGUGUUUGAGGACUCUGUUUCGGGAGUAAAAGCCGGGACAGAGUAAAAGCCGGGGUGGCAGCUGGGAUGCCGGUGGUGGGGUUGGGAGCAAGAGACCCUGAGAAACUCUUGUUGGAAGCUGGAGCAAGUUUUGUCAUCCAGGAUUUUGAUGAUCCUAAACUGUGGACAACUUUGGAAGAUCUGGACAUGAAGACAACGGCUAUUAGGAAUACUUGAAUGAAGAAGCACUUCAAAUCUACUCUUUUUCAUUUCAAAUUGGAAGCUCUACAUGCAUAAAUAUAUAUUUACCUCAUCA